AUCGCUGGUUACUUCCGCGAAUCUUUGGCGGGAAACGCAAGUAACCAGGAAGUGAGUUUGGAUUUGUUUUGCAGCAGAGAUUUUGGAGCAGAAGAAAGACACAAUCAACACAUUUAAGAAUGGAUAGUGACAAUCUCGUGCAGACAACGGACUGGAAGAACACUAAGGAGGCGUUGGCAAACUUUCGGAGACUUCUAAUUUGUUCGAAGUGCUCGAAUUUAAUGAAGGAACCUGUGUGUCUAGGGACGUGUGAGCAUAUGCUUUGCAGGUCCUGUGCGGGCCCCCGGGCAGGAGACGGUUGCGUGAUGUGUCACAGUCCUGCGUGGGUGAAGGACAUCCAAAUCAACAGGCAGCUGAGCAGCAUUGUGGAGCUCUUCUGCAAUUUGGAGUCCUUGCUUAGUCCCAUUGAGCAAUCAGACGUGUCUAUUGCUGAGGUCCCCCCACAACCUGCGAGUCCUGUAUUAAAACACAAGAAAAAUUUCAAGAUUUGGUUCAGCCCCCGCAGCCGCAAGGUACGCUGCACAGUGGAGAAGCCUUCUGAGGUCCCUAUAUCUGUGAGCCGGUCUCCUAAAGAAGCCUGUACAGCACAGCCAGACUCUGUUACUGCUCGAGGUCAGGACCUGUCGAUUUUCAAUUUCACCUCGUCCUCCCAAGAUUCGGGCUCUGGCUGCUCAGAAGCCGGAUGCAAAAAUGAAAACUUGAAUAAAAAAAAGAGGUCAACCAAGAAAAAUGCUGCCAGCAGGAAGGUGUCAGGGCUGGUUGCUCCGAGGACCACACGAACACAGUCCAAAGAGAAGACGAAGAAGAGCAAGCUGGAGGCUAUAAACCAGCAGUGGGGAAUCACAGAGAAGGGAGAUGCCCUGAAGGAGACGGAGCAGCCCUGUACUGAAGGGGCAAGGAGGUCCAGUAAAAGGGUUUCCUUCUUAAGCCCUCCUGUCACAUCUGAAGUGCCAAAGCCGAGCACUGAGGAGCUAAGCUCUUGCAGAAGCACCGUGGGGACAAGUCUCACUGAGGGCACUGUCACUGUGCCCAGCGACCAAUCCCAGCCUUGUCAAAGCAUGCAGGACGAUGACAAACUGCCUGCAGAUGACCCCAACCCAGCCAGCAAUCCUGAAAAACAGGACAACACAUCUACCCCAAAGCAUUCCAUAAAACGAUCCAGAGUGGAGGAGAAGGUGGUCACACCAGAGACCACCCCAAAGAGGCCCCGGGCUUCCCCAGGCAGGAGGAGAAAAUCACAGAUGUCUCCCGCUGUCCUAAAUCCUCAGUCUACAGCUAGCCCCAGGUGCGAUAAGAGCAUCAAAAAAUCACAAGGACGAGAGCGAGGACACAGCCCCUCUCUCCUAGCUACUACUGCAAGAAAAUCUCCAUGCGCGGCUGCCGGACGGCCCAGCCCAGGGAGUCCUCCGUUUAUGAAGAGGAAUCACAAAGGAGAGACCUUGCUGCAUCUAGCUGCUAUAAAGGGAGAUGUAGAGGCUGUCAGAGAGCUGCUGGACCAGGGCUCUGACCCUAACCUGAAGGAUAACGCUGGGUGGACACCUCUGCAUGAAGCAUGUAACCUGGGUCACCUGGCUGUCGUGGAGGUCUUGCUCUCAAGUGGAGCCCUGUUGAAUACGCCUGGCUAUGAAAAUGACUCUCCACUUCAUGAUGCUGUGAGGAAUGGACACCCAGCCGUUGUCGAGCUAUUACUACAGCGUGGAGCCUCCCAGAGUGUGCUUAAUCUGCAUGGAAAGCGGCCUGCAGAUUACGCGGUGAGUCUGGAGAUGCUGCAGAUUUUCCAGGAAGCCUCAGACGGAACCCAAAAUGCUAAUACAGCUCUCAGCCCCUCAGCCAGUCUCUCUGUGGUGAGUGACUGUGCAUGGAGGGAUGAAAUGGUAGUGUUUCUGUCCAGUAAGCUGUCACACCGAGAGCAACUUCAGCUGGGCAGACUGGGGGAGCUACUGGGAGGGAGGAUUGCUGACACAUUUUCUGGCUCAGUAAGCCAUGUUGUUGUGCCAGAGGGACUCAUGCCCACCACCUACUCCACCCUCCUGGGUCUCCUUGCUGGCUGCUGGAUCGUCAAAUUCAGCUGGGUGGAGGCAUGUCUGCAGGCGGGCAAGUGGAUCCCCGAAAGUGAGCAUGAAUCAGGAGAGGGCCCCCAACGCAGUCGCAUCAACAGAUGCAGUUUGCUCCCUCCACUCUUCGAUGGCUGUUUUUUCUUCCUCCUCGGCUCUUUUAAGGCACCUCCCAAAGACGAGCUCACCAAGCUGCUCAGAGAGGGAGGAGGUCAGCUCCUGAGCCGCCAGCCAAAGCCCGACAGCGAUGUGACCCAAACCCUGAGUGCUGCUGCCUACCACGCACUGCCAGGCUCUGACCAAGCCCUCUGCACCCAGUACAUCAUCUUUGAGCCCAAGGGCCCACACAGACCAGCAGUAGUGAGGAGAGGUAAGGUAUGGUCGGCUCCCUCCACAUGGAUCAUUAACUGCAUCACAGCAUUUCGCCUCCUGCCCGUGCCGGACCCUCAGACUAAGGUGUAAACUACCCUUUGUAUGCUCAUAUUCACAUAUCAUGUUUGUUUUUUUUAAUAAUUUUUAAAUAUGUAUCAAUUAAGUUGACACAAAUCAUGUAAACCAUUAUUAUGAAACAAUAAUGUGCCUCUUAAAGUCUAAGAUUAAAGUGGAUAUCUGUGCA